UCUGGCCUCAAACGUUUACGCCCAGUGCAUGCUUGUAUGACUCUGAGUGGCACAAUGACUUUCCAUUUUUAUAUCUAUACUCCGACAGGCUGAAGAAACCUGCCUACAGUGAUUCGAUCUGGUGGAAGUAAAAGAUAAUAACUUCAUCCAGUAUGGCGAGUUCAUCAGAAACUGUAAUGACAGAUCAUCCUGAACCUUGCACUGAAUUGGAUGCAUUCUAUUGUAUGAACGGAGGAAAGUGCUUUAAAAUACCCUCUAUGUCCACGCUCAUCUGUCGAUGCAAUAACAACUAUGUAGGUAGCAGGUGUGAGCAGUUCCAACUGGAGAGCACGUCAGACAACAGCCAUGAGACAGGCAUGAUCGCUGCAAUGGUCAUCCUUCUCAUCCUCAUCCUGCUGGUGCUGGCUGUGGUCAUCUACUGCAUCUGCAAAUUGAGAAGGAAAGUGCAAAGAAGUUCAAAGAACCCAUUAAGAUCCCAGAACGGACAAAUAUGACUGAUCCCACUGAAGGAUAUAAAUCAACAUCUGAGGCAUUAUGAUUUCUUAAUACUUUCUUCCUAUUUAAAUGAACACAUGUAAAUAGUUAUUUUCCAAAAUAUAUAUAUAUAUAUAUAUAUAUUUUUUUCCAAAAAGAAUUUGUGUCAAAAGAACUCACAUUCAGACUAUUCUAUAUUCCAGAUAAGGAAAAUGUUAUAGCAAUGUAAUACAUUUCAAAUAUAAGGUUAUUGUUCUUGUCAGUUUGAACCUACUGACAAUAUAAAACUCUGAAAAAAACGUCUUAACAAUUACACACACAAUCAUGAAUUCUUCAAAAUUUACACACACACGCUAAUUCUUAUACAGGUUCAAAUACAGACCAAACCAUGUAAUACAUUUUAUAUUCUACUCUUCAUUCUGACAGUGCAAACACAAAUCAAAUACUCUAUGAAUGUAAUGAUUUAAAAGACUCUGUACAGGUUUUUUUUUUUGGAAAAUCAUAUCAAGAAAAUAAAGAUCUAGCAGUAUUAAUAUACAUGUUUUUCCAUCCAUCUUCUAUACCCGCUUUAUUCCUAAAUAGUGUCAAGGGAAUCUGCUAAGGGUAGACCCUGGACACGUCACCAGCCCAUCACAGGGCCACAUAUAUAGACAAACAACCACACACACUCACACUCACUCCUAUGGGCAAUUUAGAAUUACCAAUCAACCUAAUGUAAAUGUCUUUGGACUGUGGGAGGAAACCGGAGUACCCAGAGUAAACCCACGCAGGCACGGGGAGA